UUUGUAGCACAGUGUACAGUUCGUCGAGGUGCGAAUAUCAUUCCAAGAAAAGCAGGCUGGAGAUGUCUUCUUGGUUGUCACAUUUUGUAAAUCCGGACGAUUUAGAUCCAGGUGACCAUAUAUACGUAUAUCGCGGCAUGCUAUUCUCGACAUGCCACGGAAUAUACAUAGGAUCGCACGCAAAUGAGUCAGCAGUUAUUCACUUCAUUCCCGACCACUCAUACAAAGAAGCUAAGGGCAGAGUAUACAUAUCUUCCCUGACUGAAUUCCGGCUAGGUUUCAUCUCAAACUUAGUCACUGUCAGGAAAUACAGGUAUGGUGUGCCACAAUGGGAACUGUUGGCGAAACGUAGAGGGUCGUGCUCAAUGCGUAAGAGUGGUUCUAAUGAAAAAGUAAUCCAGAGAGCAUGGGACUGCUAUAAUGGUAGAAUUCCAACAGUUGGUUUCAACACCAGUGAAGACUUUGCUUUAUUCUGCAAACUAGGGCACACAUAUAGAGACAGCUCGUACCAGUAGACAAGUGCCGCUCGUGCAUUAUUUUUACUGACUUGAUUUGUCAAGGUGCUCUGAACCAUAGAAACAACCGACCGAUAAAAGGAAUUUGUUAUUCGCCACGGGCGUCGAGCUGUGUAUGUCUAGAAUUCUAAUUGAUCAACUCCCAUACUGCAUUGUGCUAUUUUUUGCCGACAAAAUAGCAACGGCGAGCC